AAGCAAGUUACUAAGUUGAUCACACAAGUUCAUGCGUAGGUAUACAUGCAUGUAGCCUACGUCUGUACAUGACAUAUCUUCAUUGGCGUCGCGUCGCGUAUGUUGUCUUCUCUUACAGGCGACAGGUUUAAAACAAGCCUGGUGAUUUCAACUAAUCUGCUGGCUUGACACUGCAGUGAACGUGCGGUGUAGUGGACACCUGUAUGUUGUUAAGUAGUGCAGGUUUACAGCUGUCAAAUCGACAUCGAGGCGGAACGUAACACCCUCCAGGACAACAACAACGACCGCAGGUUCUAAUAUGGAGGAACAGUUAAAGCCGUUUCUAGGACGAUGGAAUCUCGUCAGGAGCGAAAACUUCGAGGAGUUCUUAAAAGAAAUGGGGUUCAAUCCAUUUUUCCGUAAAAUGGCCGCGCUCAGCUCACCAGCGAAUGAAAUCAAGCUGGAAGGAUCAACUUUAAUUUUGUCCAUACUCACAAAGUUCUACACAAACGUCCAGAAAAUAAGGCUAAACGAAGAAUAUGAAGACGUUAGCGAGAAAAUCAAAUAUAAGUUCAGUACAAAAUUUGAGAACGGCAGAUUCACCAUACAUAUGGUCCCUGUUGAUCCGAAUGGCAAAGGAAAGGUGCAGACGGUGCACAGAGAGUUGAUAAACGACGAGCUCAUCAUGACAAUCCACGUGAGUGACGUCACGUGCGUCAGAGCGUAUGUCCGCGAGAAAACAUCGUGAACCACGUACCUUGCCUAACUCGAACAUUUCCAGCCGGAUAUAGAGAAUACACUUUCUCCGCGCCGUUAUUUUUCUUAAAACACCAAUCCUGUAAAAACAGCUCGAUGUGUAAUAUUUACAACGAUAUGUCAAUUGUGAAUAUAAUUUAUUAAUUUAUAACACCAACUGAGAAAUGUCUCAUGCCAUUAUGAUUAAACCUUGAGCUUUUACCGUCAAUGAUAGCGGGAUUUCAACCUCGUUGGGUAUCGGCGUGAAUCGGUUUUUAGCCACUUCAAAAACGGCUUAAUAUCCUUUCCAAACACAACUGGCAAAUUAUUUUUAGUGGUGGUGGCCCCUGGUCGCCUCACUAUACCCGAAACGGAACGUGAUUUUAUGUGCAAGAAUCUAGUUAAGUGUGAUUGGGGGAUUAGAGGACAAGUGCUGAACACUUUCUUUUUUUUUAAAUCACGUUUCAGUCUUUCCAAAUUUGAUUGACACCAACCGCGCUGGUUACAUCACAGUGAUUUAGAGAAUUGGUUCUGCAUGUGUAUGAUUUAUGCUCCUAUACACAGAAAUUUAUUGCCAAUGUUGUUGCAGAUCACCAGUAAGUUUGGUUGGUGAUAUACACCACGCUCAACAGUAUAUUUAAGUCAAUGGCUGUCAAAACAACUUCCUGGAGGGAGAACCUGAAUUGGGGGCGCUAAGCUGGUGCCCCGUUGCCAGAAUGUCCGUCGAUGAUGUCAUUUCCGAAUUUUUCCGACCAUUGACUGGAAAUAUGCGAAAAAUGGAGGGGCUAUUAAAAAAAUAUAAUAAUGACAUUUUUUCUCAUUUUUUGGCAUAUCUUUCUUCAUGUUCCUUGAACAUGUUAAAGCCAUACUCUUCGUUUUAUAGUACCUUGUACCAUGUAACCUUUCAGAAAUCUAUUCCACAUCUAUCAGCGAAGGUCGUUUGUCGUUAUUACAUAUUAUUGUUACUUAUUAUUGUUGCUUAGACUGUGCUAUGUGGGUUUUCUUCACGAUUUUGUGAAGCUGUUACAAGAUUAGAAUAAGAUUUCGUCAUGUUCAACGUAAUUUUUUUUUCAAUCCGAUUAACUCACCAAAUGCAAAACCUCAUAUUUAC